CGAGAUAAAUACUUGCAGAAGCAUCCAUUGAAAAGCACAGAAAAUCGUCUCGAUCCCUUCUUCUGCUUCCAGCUUCAGCCCCGUCCAUUAAAGAAACGAUAAAAAAUCCAUGUAUCAUCCAACCAGAGGAGGCGUUCGCGGCGGACGAGAUCAAUUUAGUUGGGAUGAUGUUAAGGCAGAUAAGCACAGAGAGAAUUAUCUUGGUCACAGUAUUAAAGCUCCUGUUGGUAGAUGGCAGAAAGGGAAGGAUUUACAUUGGUAUGCCAGGGAUAAAAAAUCUGGGAGUUCAAAUGAAGAUGCCUUGAAAGAAGAGAUACAAAGAAUCAAGGAAGAGGAAGAGCGGUCCAUGAGGGAGGCUCUUGGCUUAGCUCCAAAGCGAUCUAGCCGACCUCAAGGAAAUCGUCUUGAUAAACAUGAGUAUACAGAACUUGUUAAGAGAGGUUCUACAGCAGAGGACUUGGGGGCUGGGCAUGCAGAUGCAGCACGGGUUGAUGGUCUUGGUUUCUCAAAGGCACCUCGGGCUUGGGAAGACCCAAGUACUCUUCCAUCCAUUAGCAAGCAGGCUUCACCUGAGCCAGUUAGGGUGGCCAUGCCUGAUCCACCAGCAGGAAACGCCGAAGAAGAUAAACCUGAGGAGGACAAAAGCAGCCGAAAGAAGAGGAGGCGUGAGGAGAAGAAAUACGAGAAGGAGAAAAAGCGUGAAAAACAUGAUAGGCACGAGAAACAUCAUUCUCGUGAUUCUGGCGAGAAGAAACACAAGAAAGACAAGGAACGCAGAAGACACAACUCUGGCUCGGACUAAAUAUUCUUAUUCAUUUGGAAGUUUUAUCAUUCUGAUAGUUCCUGAUAGAGACGUAUUGCAGAAAUGGAAACCAGCAUAUAUGAUGUAAACUUCAUGUGAGAGUUGAAGUGGUGUUAUUAUGUGAGAUGGGGCGAUUUAUCUUCAUUUGAUUA